CUGCAGCCUCGGAGGCCUCGGAACGGGAAUGUCUUUGGAAGGGAAGAACAAACGGAAGAAAAAGAAAAGUGCCGAGCCGGGAGAGAACCGAGGCGCCGGCGUUCGCGGGCGUCUGACUGAAGACUACCUGAUUGGACAAGUCGCCAAUAGCUUGUGCCACGGCAAGCGGCCCUUGGGAGGCAGCGCCGGUCGGCUGGCGUCCCUCUUCGGCUCUUCUGAGUCGCAGGUUCAACCCGUGUACGUGCCCGUGCCGAAAGAAACCACCAACAAAAGGAAACGGGAUGACGAGGAAGAGAGUACAUCCCAGAUUCAAAGACCACUUUUGCAAGAAUCUGCAAAAACAGUGAAAGCGAAGAAGACACAUUCUGAUGCAGAAAAAAAGUUGGCAAACAGGGAAAGUGCUCUAGCAAGUGCUGAUUUAGAAGAAGAAAUUCACCAGAAACAAGGGCAGAAAGGGAAAAAUUCUCAGUCUGGUAUUAAAGUAGCAGACAGAAAAGGACUUGAUAAUAAAGAUGACACAGUUGUAAGUCAAAGAAAGAAAAUUCCAGUCAACCAAGAAGAAGAGAGAUUAAAAAAUGAGAGAACUGUGUUUGUUGGGAAUUUGCCUGUCACAUGUAAUAAGAAGAAGCUGAAGUCAUUUUUUAAAGAGUAUGGACAGAUAGAAUCUGUACGAUUUCGUUCUCUGAUUCCAGCAGAGGGAACUCUAUCCAAAAAGUUGGCAGCAAUAAAACGUAAAAUUCAUCCUGAUCAGAAAAAUAUUAACGCUUAUGUUGUGUUUAAGGACGAGAGUGCUGCUACAAAAGCAUUGAAAAGAAAUGGGGCUGAAAUUGCAGAUGGAUUUCGUAUUAGAGUUGAUCUUGCAUCUGAGACCUCAUCUAGGGACAAGAGAUCAGUGUUUGUGGGGAAUCUCCCAUACAAAGUUGAAGAAUCUGCUGUUGAGAAACACUUUUUGGACUGUGGAAGUGUUGUGGCAGUGCGGAUUGUGAGAGAUCAAGUUACAGGAGUCGGCAAAGGGUUUGGCUAUGUGCUCUUUGAGAAUACAGAUGCUGUUUAUCUUGCUCUGAAGUUAAAUAAUUCUGAACUAAUGGGAAGGAAACUAAGAGUCAUGCGUUCUAUUAAAAAAGAAAAGUUAAAACUACAGAAUUCAAAUCCAGGUAUGAAGAAUGUCAGUAAACCUAAGCGGAAACUUAACUUUGCUUCCAAAAAGGAAAAAGGACAUUCUAAAAGUUCAUUUAUUGGAGAAAAGGCUGUACUCAUUAAAAAGAAGAAGAAAGGACAUAAGAAACAUGGACAUAUUAAGAAACAAAUAAAACAGAAAUAAUGAUCAGAAGCUGCUUUUAUUUUCCCCACUGAAUACUGCUAAUAAAAGUGCUGUUAUUUGCUAAUA